CCCCCAGAAGUCAGAGCGGCUGACCGAGGGCCCAGACCCUGGGAGCGCCUGAGGAGCGCGCCCCGAUGGUGGAGGAGCGGGCUUUGCCCCCCGCGGGCGCAGCCCAUGCCCAGAGCCCCGGGGAGCAGGGAGAAGAGGGCCUGGCCCCUGCCGGGCCCCCCGUGGCCACUUCCAAGGAGCCCGUGACCUUCCGGGACGUGGCCGUGGACUUCACCCCCGAGGAGUGGGGGCGGCUGGGCCCGGCUCAGAGGCGGCUCUACCGGGACGUGAUGCUGGGGACCUACCGGAACCUGGUCUCCCUGGGGCUCUCCAUGCCCACCCCGGCUGCCAUCUCCCUCCUGGAGCGAGAAGAACCCUGGAUGUCCGAUGGCGAGGCUCCGAGUGGCCCCCAUUCAGAUGGGAUGACUAGGCCCGAGAGCUCAGCGUCGGCCCCGGGCUGGGAUGUUUCCAAAGGAGGAAUGUCCCAGGGGCCGAGGACGGGAAGGUCUACCCGGGAUGGUCCUUGGAGCCCCCGCUUGGGGGAAAGCCAGGCAUGUGAGGGGUGGUUAAAUGAGCAUCGGGGGCAGAAGACCGUCGCCGACAAGCAAGUCCAGUCUGGGACCCCGGGCCCCGAGUGGGGCCUGUGUGAGAAAAGCCUCCGCCUGAGCCCCCUGCUGAUCCUGCACCAGAGUCUCUCCUUGGCCCCCCAACAUGACACGUGUGGGAAGAGCUUCCGGCAGCUCUCUCCGCUGAUGGAAUGCCAGCUCAUCCGAGCGGAGAAGGCGCCCAGCAGGUACGACUGCGGGGAGGACCUUGGGCAUGGCACGGCGGGCGCGGGCCAGCCCCGAGGGAAGCCCCACAAGUGCAGGGAGUGCGGGAAGGCCUUCAGCCAGAGCGCGCUGCUCACCAAGCACCUGCGGGUGCACACUGGGGACAAGCCUUACGAGUGCGGCGACUGCGGCAAGGCCUUCAACCAGACGUCCCACCUGCGGCAGCACCGCCGGAUCCACAACGAGGAGAAGCCCUUUGGGUGCCACGAGUGCGGCAAGGCCUUCCGUGUGAGCUCGUCCCUCACCGAGCACUGGCGCACCCACACCGGCGAGAAGCCCUACCAGUGCAACGAGUGCGGCAAGGCCUUCAACCGCAGCACCCACCUGACCCAGCACCAGCGCAUCCACACCGGCGAGAAGCCCUUCGCCUGCAGCGAGUGCGGCAAGGCCUUCAACCGCAGCACACUGCUCACCCAGCACCAGCGCAUCCACACCGGGAAGAAGCCCUACGAGUGUGACGAGUGCGGCAAGGCCUUCCGCGUGAGCUCGUCCCUCACCGAACACCGGCGCAUCCACACCGGCGAGAAGCCCUAUGCCUGCCACGAGUGCGGCAAGGCCUUCAACUGCAGCAAGCUCCUCACGCAGCACCAGCGCAUCCACACCGGCGAGAAGCCCUACGAGUGCGGCCAGUGCGGCAAGGCCUUCAACAAGAGCCCCAACCUCACUCGGCACCAGCGCAUCCACACCGGCGAGAAGCCCUACAUCUGCGGUGACUGCGGGAAAACCUUCAACCAGAGCACGCACCUCAUCCAGCACCAGAGGAUCCACACGGGGGAGGUUUUCUGCGACCCCGGGGCCAGCACGUAUGUGUGAGGGUCCCGCCGAGUCUGCCCCCGGGCCGAUGGAAGGAGGGGCCCCUUGGGCCACCCGCCGCUGUGCUUUGUGUCCGGAGUCGUCCACGAGUCCGGCUCUCCCCUCUGGGAAGGGGCCAUCCUGCCAUAGAUCCCCCAGAAAUCCUUAGGCCGGAUGGAUAGCAGACUUCUCCAAAGCUAGUGGGAGAUCAGGAAGGACUUAGCCCAGAGGGCAGUCAUGGAUGGGCCCUGCCACCGCCAGGUUCCCCAGAGAGGCGGGGAAUGGCCCCCAAGGCCUUCCCCCAGCCGUUUUUGGGCCGAUGCUGGAGAGGAUUUUCCAGUAACAGCAUCCUCAACUCCUGUUCUCCUCCCCAUCUUGCUCUCUACUCUCCUUCCCUUCUCUAACGUCACACCACUGGAGAGAAUUAGAGGGUGGGGUGGGGGAGAGGGGAGGAUCCCAUGACUCUUCCCCUUAGGGGGGAUCCACAGGCCCCUGCUGUGGGGGCAAGUGAUUCCCUACCCCUUUUGAGGGGGUUUGCCUCCUGUGGAUGUAGUCUGGGGUUGGGGGUGGUGGUGAGAGUACAGAUCUUGUUGUCUGACUUUGACCUAGACAGAGGGUCAGAAACCCCUGUCCUCAUGCUAGGGGAAUGCUAGGGGAGGGCCUCUGCCCUCUGACCCCUUCACACACACUGUGUGGGCAUUAAGGGUGGUCAAUAAAGACUCGUCCCUUCAUUUUACUUCACCUUCAUUCCCAAGACAUCCCAGUGAACCCCUGCCAAGGGAAGAGUCCCUGGUUGGGAAGCAGUGGGAGAGGGGAAUGCCCUUGCCCCUGCAUCAGACACCCCCCCCCCCAAGGAGGGGCCCAACAUCCAUCCUCCCCCACUCCUUGUUCCUCUCAAGGUCCGGCUCUCUCUAGAUGCUGCUGUGCUUCGGUUUCAAGUCUGAAAUUUUGGGUCCACUGGGACCCCUCACUCUGCCUUACCUCUGGCCUCCAAGUGUUUCUUGCACUCUCUUGGGCUCUGCUGUGGUUCUCCAUCAACAACUCUUCCCAGCCUCACAGCUGCCAAAGAACUUUUCCCAAGAUCCAAGUCUCACCCAGGCCCCCUCUUUACCUCUAGAGCAAAGCUUCCUCCGUAAAAGGCAGGGGGGGAGCUUGACAGUGAAGCUGCUGGGGAGAGGCCGUGCCUUAGGAGGCGGGGACCUGGUAUCAGAAGCUGUCAACAAGUGCCCACCCUCUGCUCCUGCCCACGGAGCCCCAGCGACCCUGCGGUUUCUGCCCCGGUCUCAGUCCUGGUUGUGGCAAGUCCUGGGGAUCAGAGGUGUCGGGUGGCUCCCUGCUCCAGCUCUAAAGUUCAAUGGGCCUAGGAGAGCCCGGGGAUCCCACUGAGGGACAAGGGAUGCUGCAAAGCCAGCAGGAACGGACCUUGGAGCCUGAGGGAUUGGGAGGGCUGGUGCCCUCUAGGGGGUAGGGAGGCGGAGGGGUGAGAGAGCAUCGAGUUCUUUUGGAUAUACGAAGUUGGUAGCUACAGGACUUGCAGUUCCAGGGAUCUGACAGGAUCUGGAGAUGGGAGAUUGGAGAUCCACAAACAGGGCAAAUCAGGAAAGGUAGAUGGGGAAUCUGGUAUCAAAAUGGUCAUUAAGUCUGAGAGCUAAGGACAUCCCCAAGCGAAGAAGAGAUGAACAGGGAGCCCCAAGCAUCACUGAAGGUCAGAGGAUGUGGUCUGCACGAGGAUGCAGCCAAAGAGAGUGGGAAGGAGCAGGAGAAAAAGGGUCCAAAACCAGGAGGUGUCUGAGAAAUGGUGUCCAGAAAAACGAGUGCAGAGAGGAGAGAGAUCUGGGCUCUCAGGCUGUGGAGAGGUCAGAGGGAGGCUGAGUUUGGCGAUCGCUGCUCCUUGAUGACUUUGGGGAGGACAGUUUGAGGGAUAACCAGGUCAGAAGCCAGAUUAUAAGGGGCAAAGGUGAGGGAGGAAGUAGACAUCAGCUGUAGACUAUAGAAUUUGGCUAUAAAGGGCGGUAAAGGCAGAGCCACGAUGGUGAGGACCGAAAGGUCACGUGAAGGGAGUUUUGGGUAUAUUUGUAGGCAAUGGAGGAGGAGCCAGAUGAAGGAGAUACUGAAGAGAGGAGUGUGAUAGGGGAUGGCAUGGAAGGGGGUCACCUGAGCACACUGGUCAGAAAGGGGCAGAAAGCAGCAGAGAAGGGGUUGAAAGCAUGGGUUUCCAUUUGGUUAAUGAGUCAAAACUGAACAAAGAGAAUUUACAGGAUUUUGUUCUAAGUACAUCCAGAUAGGUCCCCUUCAGCAAGAGGGGUCCUUCCCAAGCUAGCAAGGGCAGGACAGUUUAGGGAUACUUGACAAAAAGCAGAUGAUAGAAAAAGCUGCAGACAGUAUCCAGAACUUCCCCUACCACACUUUGACAAAGAAUCAAUGUAACAAUUUCUCCAUUCUGGUAACAGCCGUAUGUAUGGAAAUGAC